CAGAAACACCAAAGCCGAUUAAGUUAUCUGGUUAGCUGCUUCUGUAUCUCUUAGUAGGAGACUAAUUUAAUAGCAAUUACCAUGAUUAACAUGCAUCAUUAUCCGUCUCAGAUAUGAUUUAUCAGGUAAAAUAUAAUAGUUUGGAUGCAGACUGCAGAUUCUGCCAUAUCUCUGAUGUUAUCUAUCCAUAGCCAGCCAUUCACUGCAGCAUAUCUAGACCCAGUGAAUGAUUAGAAAAUUGCCAGAUCUGGAAUGGAAUGGAGGAUAUCUUAACUCUUUUGUGGGAUUUUCCACCAUUACCUUUUUAUCUGCCUAUCGAUUGCGUAAAAUAGAUAGAAAAAAAGAAAAAGAAAAAGAAAAUAAGAAAAUAUCCCCUGACUUUCCAUCCAUCUUUUUGCUUCUCUUUUCUUCCAUUUUUUCUCAGCUCUUCUCUGCUCAGCCCUUCAGCCCUUCAGCUCUUCUCCCUCACUAUUCGUCUCCGCCUUUUUUCCCAGGCUCCACUCCAAAGGCGGUGACGAAGAUCCGCGUCAUUUCGUCUUGGGUUGCCCAACGCUUUCUGACAUUGUCUCCGGUUAUAAUCCUCCCGGAUUUGCGGCCAAUUCCUUUUUCUCCUUCCCCAGCCUUCUACUCUCCCAGUACUGCCACCCAACGUGGUGACGCCAGUUCCUCUUCGUCGUCUUCCGCCUUCGGGGAACACCCAACCAUAACCUUUCCAGCUCCGCAUCCUUUCUCUUCUCGGCCUCCUUCGAACCGUCUUGACCGUGCAGCCCCGACCAAUGUCAUCCCCAUGUCAAGCCCUCCGUCCGCAUCAGAGAAUACCUUGUCUGAACCCCUGGUGACACCUGCUGCGUCUGCCCAACAUGAUUGCUCUGAAGGGCCUGAUCUCUUCUGCGGCAAGCAGCGUCGCCACCCUGCUCGAGACCAGCUCUUGCACCAGGACGUUCAGCAAGCUCCUUCUCCCUCCCGCGCCGAAUCCCCAACUGCUCAUCAAUGGUCGAGUAAUCCCACGUCUUCCCUUGCUCUCAAAAAGACCCCCAAGAUCCCCUUGGAGAAGGUUGCUCGCUCCGAUUUCUCUCACUCCCCUCAGCUGUCGGAACGAGACAGCAUCUUCGCAACCCACUAUCUUCCUUCAGACACGGCUCACAACACCCCCCAACUUUUACCCGUCCAGGAUGCAGCCCAUGAUGAACUGCAGAUAACCCAGAUCCCCGACAUUGAAAAUGCAUCUGCUUCUCCCAUUUCCACUUCCAAGGUCCUUCCCCAUCGCCCUCACGGCGACGCCUCCCACAUGGAAGUUGACAUCCACAGAAACCACCCUUUGCGUUCCCCUUCGUUCCUUGCAUCGCCCGCCAUUCCACAUUCGUCUUUGCUCUCGAUUCGUUCCGAUGUAGACUGGGAAAAGCCGCAAGAGGCUGAGGGAAAGUCGCAGACUCCACCCUGGGAGAGUUUCCCGCCCCUUCAAAAAUUUGUAUCGGGUGGUGCUAAACCCGGCGAUUCUUCGUUCGACUACGACUUUAUUCCCGGCACGCUCAGCGAUGCUCCGUCGUCUCGUAACUCGAUAGUACUGCCGCCUGGGGAUGACUUUUCUGCCGACCACUCUGACAUGACGUCCUACCAGUUGUCAGAGGAAUCCCCAAGAGAUGGCCCUCGCGAACCUAAGCUCGAACGGAGCUCGAGUCGGAGCCGUCGUGGCAGAGGUGGCAGAGUCGAAAAUUCGAUCGAGGCCAACCUGACCAACGCCGAACCCACUUCGCACGUUCGUUCCCGCAAGUCGAGCCACUACCUAGGCCUAUUCAAGGAAAACACCACGUCUCCAGACCGGAAGAGAAGGGAUGACCGUGGUAAGAAAAUCGACGAACCCCUGGACCCAUACGAUACGCCAGAUGCCAUCCAUGAGGAACCACCCUAUGGCUGGGAGCAUCAUGACCUAGGAAACCAAAGACAAGCUGAGCCAUUGCCAUCAUCUCGAGAUGCUGGCCUUCGAACCUCCAAGAGCAUGUCGCAUCUUUCAUUUGUUGAUGCACCGCUGAUUGAGCCGCCUUCCGUGGAUGAGGCCUAUGGUCACCCACAUGGUGAUACUAUUACCAAAAAUCAUUAUAGGGCUUUGCCCCACACCCUCCUUGAGGAAAUUCGAAACUUUCACCUAACACCAGGCGGGGCUCGUGGAACAUCGUUUUCAAAGAGCAUUCCGACGCAGUUCUCGGAAGGGGGGCAGGAUUACACACCAAAAGAUUCCUCUGACAGAUCAUCCCCGCCAUCUGACGAAAACCAGGAACACCGUCGUUGCUCCGACUAUGAGGACGAGGGAACUGAGCAAAUAUCAUCUGCCGUAUACUUUCCGCAUGAGCGGGUUACGGUCGAUCAAUUCCAGUCUUUCCCAGAUGACAGGGCUGAUGAGCGGCAAUUCAAUGCAUCAGCUUCGCAGGAAGGUCACGUUCUCGUGCCAGAGCCAGGUGCUAUCCCCGGUGAACAGGAAGUUAGCCAUGUGGAUAUAUCUCUUCGAUCUAAAAAUGAUAGUAGAAUUCUACAUGGCGACCUGCAAGACCUGCAGCCCCCUCUAGAAGAACUUAAUGAGAAUUCGCUGGGUACAGUAUCCGAACACGGCUGCGACUCUACAGGCGAAUCGGAACUUGCCUCUGCCGAUGAGCUGUCUGGCCGGGAGGAGGAAUCGAGUCUGACGGAUGACCUUGAUAUGACACCCACGGCUACCCCAACUCAACGUCAACGUAUUCCACGCCCCCGUCGCAAGCAUGAAGCAGGUCCAGUUGGGGCAGUUGAAUUGAAACCUUAUCGCCACCAGGUUGGCGGGCAUACGACCGUGUUUCGAUUCUCUCGCCGCGCCGUGUGCAAACAGCUCAACAACAGAGAGAACGAAUUCUACGAGCGCAUCGAGCGUAGACACCCUGAGAUGCUGAUGUUUCUUCCAAGAUAUAUUGGUGUUUUGAAUGUAACCUUUUCCAAGAACCCAAAGCGACCCAAGCCACAUGCUGAAGGCCAGACGAGCAUUGAAGCUGCCAACGGCAACGCCCAUGAUGCGAAACAUUCAGAGAGGGCGUCAGUAGGUGACACAAAGCCCGCCGAACCAGCGGAGCCGCAGCGGAUUUUCAGUCAAUCGCAGGUGACUGGUAUCAUCCCAAAAGUGAUACUUGAAAACAAUCGUCAUAUAAUCCCUGCUGGUCUUUUCUCUCGCUCAGAGAGGCCGCGGACGGCGGACGAAGCGACAUUGAGCAAACACCGUUUCUCCAAUGGCAAUAGACCUUCGAUGCAUGAGAAACAAGCCCUGCCUGGCUCCUUGGAGGAUAGGCGUGUUGCUCCACCGCCUUUGAAGCGACACAACAUCAGUUGGGGCGCUACGACAGUCAACCGCAAAUUACAGGAGCAGGUUCUUCGAGAGGUCUUUAGUCCACCCGCAAUUCAUCAGCAUCGGCGACAUGCCCGUGGCCAUCUCACCAUGCCAAGGAUGUCAUCCGACAGCGGGCGUCGAAGGGCCAAUCUCUCGGAAGAUCAAACUGCAAGUAGCCGUCGGGCUGCCCCAGAGCAGAGUGAGCCACCGAGGUCUUCCGCUAUAGAUAUUACAAAGCAAUCAAGUGAAGGAGGACGUGGGUUGUCAUCUUCAGCAUCCACUGCAUUAGAUGCCCCUCACAAGGGUCUCGAAAAGAUUCGAACUGAAGAGCCACAACCGCCACGUGCGAGCUCUCUCAAUCGAACUCGACAAGUCAGGCGACGUCAUUCAGGCAGCGGGCUCCAAAGACGUGGAAGUAUGGAUUCUGGAAAAACUGGCGAUCUAAUGUUUUUCGAUGACGAUGGUUACGGCGGGGAUAGAGAAGAUGAGAUCUUUUCAAUGGAAGGUGACCCUUCCAUGGCACCGAACCGCCUAGCCAAGGAAGCUCCAGAGCAACCUCCCCUAGAAAUUGUCGCACCUGAAGAUUCACAAGCUGAUGAGCAUGUUCCUUCUGAUCCUCCUCCAAGCCUUCCUGUCCGCCUCGAGGUCAAGGACGAGAACCCUUUCCACCUCCCGGCCAACCCUAAAGAAGCUCAGACGCGCAAAGACGAAAGAGUGCAAUUUUUCUUACUUCUGGAGGAUCUCACAGCUGGAAUGAGCAAACCUUGUGUGCUCGAUUUGAAAAUGGGCACUCGUCAGUAUGGGAUUGAAGCGGAUGACAAGAAAAGGAAGUCCCAGAGGCGAAAAUGCCAGUCUACCACUUCACAGCAACUUGGUGUACGUCUCUGUGGCAUGCAAACCUGGAACAUCAAGAAACAGGAGUAUGCGUUUGAAGACAAAUACUUCGGACGAGAUUUAAAGUCCGGCCGCGAAUUCCAGGAUGCUCUUACUCGCUUUCUCUAUGACGGAGUCAGUUACACCAGCGUAGCCAAAAAGAUCCCGGUUAUUCUGGAGAAGAUUGGGAAGUUGGAAAACAUGAUUCGAAAACUCAAGAGUUAUCGUCUCUAUGCCAGUAGCCUCUUGAUCCUUUACGAUGGAGACCCGGCCGACCCCGAUACGAUGCCAAAGACCGAUACCCAGUCUCCCGUCAAGCGAAACCCUUUGCACCGCCGUACCUCUGAUGAUGGACGCGGAAAUCUCGAUGUUCACUUGAAGAUUGUCGACUUUGCAAAUUGUGUUACCGGCGAGGAUGUACUACCACCGGAUACACGCUGCCCACCCCAGCAUCCAGAUGAUAUCGAUCGCGGUUAUCUUCGUGGCCUUCGGACGUUGAGAAUGUACUUCCAGCGCAUCCUCAAGGAGACUAUGCACGAUGAUUACGUUGAACGAGGCGAAGGUGAAGCUAUAGCCCUUGGAUCCCGAACUUCUGGUAACGAGGCUUCAUCGGACCGCUACUUGGAUGAAGGUGUUAUGGAGGAUGACCCUGGCGAAGUGAGCUUCUAGCAUUCUUCGACGAUAAUUCCUUCCGGGACCUGCAUGUCGUUCAUACUUUUUGCUUUUCUUCUUUUCUCAUUUCCUUGUUAUGCUCCUUUUUUCUAUUCGGUUUGGAGUUGUCGGCUUGCGUUUCCACACCUUCAAUGAUCAAGUUCAAAUGCAAUUUCGUGGGAGGCGUCAUUAUCGCAUGGCAACGGACUGGGG